AUGAACGUGGUACCAUAUAGCGGCUCGAGAAGGUGCAAUGAUAGCCAGCCCACCAACAUACUCAGAAAGACCCCACAUCAUGCCAACCGAGUGGCAGCACGAUCUGAUCAGUUGAACAGCGUUGCAGGUUGCAGUGAUGCUGUCAUCGGCAUGAAAACACAACUCUCCACGCGGCUCAAUAUUCCCACAAAAGGCGAGACGCACCAGACUGCGGAGCUCGCAUUGCAAUAUUUCCAGGGACACCUCGAUAGACUCUCUUCCUAUGAGCUCAACUUUCUGUACCAAAUUCGGGAGCGUCUUCAAUGA